UUAACGGGUUCUUUACGUGUUUUCGGUUUCUUUAUUGAUUUCUGUAUUGAACACUUCUGUCUAUUUCAUCCUCGAUUCACACGUUUUCCGCACCCUUCGCUGAGUGGAAUCAACUAUCCCGGAGCCAACUAGCAGAGACGUGCGUUACUCCAAGAUUAUAUAAAGGCAAUCUUCGUAAGGAGCAAUAGAUCACUUGAAGCACCAUUAGACAAGAUGAUACUUCGCGUGUUUAAUCUAAUCAGUUUUGUAGCAUUCGGAUUGUGCGUGGCAAAGGAACAAAUGCUUCCUGUAACCACAUGCCAUCGGGAUGCAACGGAUUAUUCUACUUGCUUAAGAGACGCAAUACAAGAAGCAUGGCCACGAUUUGUUCCAGGACUUCCGGAUUUCAACUUUCCGCCUAUAGAUCCUGCGUUUUACGACCAUCAUAAUGUCACUUAUGAUAGUGGAGAAUUACAUAUCUUUACUCACGGAAUCAAUAAUACUGUCAGUGGUCUUGGGGACGCUCGUUUCUUGGACGUAAAAGCAUAUUUUACCGACAAUAUCUUUCAGUUGGAAAUUGAUAUGCAAAUUCCACAGUUCACCGUAGACGGCAUAUCUGAUGUAAUUGGUGAAGUGGGUCCAUUCAGAGUGAACAGCACAGGACACUACAAACUAGUUGCAACAGACAACCUAAUGAGAUGGCAUAUAUUGGGGCCUGUAGUAAAUGACAGAUGGAUCGUAGAACGUUUUAUUCUAAGUCCAAGAAGAAUUAAGAAAGUAGAAACAUACUUGACUGGUUUCCUCGACAGCGAAGAAUUCAGUAAACUCUUGCAAGACUUUGCAAACGAAUAUUGGCCGUCGUUAUUGCGAGUAGUAGCACCAGCUAUGCUCAAAUCGUUAGAGCCGAUAUAUGUUGAAAAUACCAAUCGCUUAUUUUCGAAUGUUCCCUUUUCGAAAGUAUUUCCGAAAUAAAAUUCAGAAAUUUUAAUAAGCAUGAAGGAAUAACAGAUCUCGCGUGAUCUCUAAAAAUACAUUCAACUUCAUGCAUAUAUUGUGCAGUAGGAAAGGAUACUUUAUGUGUCGCAUAAAACUGAAAAAAAUGUAAGCUUUCUCUGAAUUAAUAUUUUAUAUCAAGAAAUUCUCUAAGUGACCGACAAACUCGUAACAAGAAAUCUGUGCGGAAAAACUGAGCUGCGAAAAUGCUUAAGACUUUUUGUUCCGAGCGAAGUGCUCUCGCAAACUACGGCAUUCAAAGUUUCGAUGAAGUACUAGUUGUGCUGAAGACUUACUGUUAUUCACCGUCGCUUAAUUUUCAAAUGUUACUAAUAACAAUGUUUAGAAAAUAAUAAAAGUAAUAAUAAUGUAAUCAACAAUACGUUACAUUAGGACUCAUAUAUUGUUGAUCUAAGAUAAGAGAAAGAAAUAAAAGACAGUAAAAAUCAA